UGCCGUUUCUUGAUACCCUCUCUCUCUAAAAGCAUCCGCCAUCUUUAUCUCUCUCUCUCUCUCGUCUCUGUUCGCUCGCUCGUUAUCAAUUCCCCUGCAAAUUCUCCGGAUGAAUCGAUCCACCCAACCCACGAGCGAGAAUUCUCUGUCGAUCGUCUCACCGCGGCCUUGUCUGAUCGCUUGACCCGCCCACGUCACUGAAUCGGCGAAUCCCCGUCGGUUUCCAGCUCGGAUUCUCUCUCUCUAGGAAUAAGCAAUCGCCAUCCGUCGAAAAAGCUGCGGAAAUUCUGAGAUUCUGAAUCCUUUCCGUGAUUGGAUCGAAGAUCAGAAUCGGAUCGACACCCCCCACGUACGAUGUCGUCGUCCCUGAUCUCGCCGAACCCGAUCGCGAUGGGCAACCCGCCCGCCGCCGCCUCCGACCGCUCGCGGGAGGCGAAGGCGCGGAGGAGAAAGAAGAAGGCUCAGGCGCAAGCCCAGGCCCAACCCAAGGCCCGAAGCCAGUCCUCCAAGUGGAAGUCCCAGGCCCAGCAGCAGAUCUUCUCCUCCAGCCUCCUCCAGGCCCUGGCCAAUUCCCGGCGCGGCGGCGGCGGCUCCGGAGGCGGGGCCGGGAGGGCCGUCCGUGAGGCGGCCGACAGGGCUCUGGCGGCGUCGGCCAAGGGGAGGACGCGGUGGAGCCGGGCCAUCCUGGCGGGCCGGAUCAGGAUUAGCAAGUUCAGGAAGCGGAAGAGGCCCGCGGCUGCUGUGGCGGCGGCUGCGGCGGCCGCUGGCCGGUCGAGGAAGCCGAGGGUGAGCGUGUCGAGGCUGAGGGGGAAGGGGCUGCCGGCCGUGCAGAGGAAGGUGAGGGUCCUCGGCCGGUUGGUCCCCGGCUGCCGGAAGGAGCCGUUGCCGGUGAUACUCGAGGAAGCCACCGACUACAUCGAGGCUCUGGAGAUGCAGGUCAGGGCCAUGAGCGAGCUCGCUCGGCUCCUCUCUGGCGGCGCCUCCAACGGCGCCGGCUCGAGCUCCAACUCUCCUACCGCACCGCCGCCGAGCCAGUGACUCCGGCUGCGCCACGUGUCGGACGAUAGCUUGGGACAACUUCCAUUUUGUGAAGCAAUCUUUUGCCUUAAAUUGUUUCUAUCUUCUCUAUAAUAUUGUGAAUAUUCAUGCUUCGGUUCUUUCCCCCUC